UUCUGCGUGGACGAAGGAGGUCCGUGGGAGAUGUUUGGCUGCGUGUAAUUUUUUUAUUUAUUUUGAUUUGUGCUCCCCACGAUGCCAAAUCCAGGAGCAAUCCGGCUGUAAUGAGAUAAAAGGUUUAACCACAGGCAACACAGACAGCUUUGGACCACAAUCAGAGGCUUAACGUCGUCGUCAGCAUGGCUGUGAAUAUGGAUCCAGCUCCGGCCAUUUGGCCAGUGGAAGAACAGCCGUCGCUAAUGGACCAGGAUGCCCCCAUUUCCAGUCACGCAGUCCUCUCUGUCCCGUGCGGGUCACCGGUGGGCGAAGAGCUCCUGCACAGCUGUAGCAGCCCGACCAAAACGCCUCCUCGCAGCAAAUCCAAAGGAGAGCUGGUGAUAGUCAUCAACGAGAAGCUGAAGAACGGUAACGGGAUCCACCCGGGAGCCGCAGAGAGCACCUCUCCAGUCAUUUCCUCCCCUCCCAGAAGACAGCACUCCAUCUCCUACCCUCAUAACAGCAAAACCAGGAAGGGCAGCCGGGCGAGCUCCAUCGGCUACACCGCGUUUUCGCCCCGGCCGUCGCUAUCCCGCCACUCCAGCAUCGCCACCAACCCGCCGCUGGACCGCACCAAGGUCAAAGACUACCUCCUACUGUCCGUGCUGGCCUGCUUCUGUCCCGUGUGGCCCAUCAACAUCGUUGGCUUUGUCUACUCCAUCAUGUCCAAGAACAGCCUUGAGCAGGGAAACCUGGACGGCGCCGUACGUCUUGGACGUGUGGCCAAGAUGCUGAGCAUGGUGUCACUAGUAGGAGGGACGGUCAUUAUCAUCGCCUGCAUUGUCAACCUGGCCAUCAAUGUGAAAACCUGAGUUUCAUCCCAGGAUGAAACCGGAUAAGGGAACUGAACGUCUGGCCACCGCACCUGCACCACCACCUUUACCGCCUAGUCAUUACCCGGAUGUUGUGACAAAUGCUCCUGAUAUACAGCGCUUUACUUAUAUUUCUUGUAAUCUGUAUACGGUCCCUUAAUUGUCGUGGAAGAAAUCAGAACAAUGGAAGAGCUGCCAGCUCUCCGUCUCGGAUCGGGGGGGAGGGGUGGUGCUUCUGAUCUCGAACGGAGACUAAUGAGUCCCCUUCUCUCCUGGCCAACACACGCCAAACGAUUUUUUCACACGCCCGUCUCUACCUGCAGAACAACAACAGGGAAGCCGGUGGAAGUGCUUUCUGCCUCCACAGCAUCAAUCCCUGCCAAGUUCGCCCUCCAACGCGCCCAGCUUGCCCGUUAAAUCCCCUCAGACACGCCCGAAGCGGCUCCAGGAUUUACACUGCAGUGGAUUCAAGCUGCAGAACCUCACCCUUAACUCCUUCAGAGAGGAAAAGCCGCUCAGCCGCACUGUUUCAGACUUUCACCGCUUCAAAACGCCCCCCCCGCAUCUUGUGCUUGAGACCGAGCAUCCUGGUGGUGAAAGAGGAUGGAAGAGAGAGGAGUGGGGUGGGGGACAGGCGGUGAAUCAGGAGGGAUUAUGGAAAGUCUCGCACAGAAAGGCACACUGCAAGGGAAGAGAAAUGUGCCAAACAGAAGACAUUCAGAGGGAAAGCUUCCUGCUUUUUCUUUUUUGUAAACACAAAACUCUUGACAGGGACGUGAAAUGUGUUUUUACUCUUCUGCUGCGUCACCGAACACCCGCUCUACACCACUGACCACUGUGAGCUGGAAACAAAACAAAACAAAA